AGGAGAUACAUUAAAUGCAAAUUAUUGAAUAAUAAAUGUAAUUAGUAAAUUUAAUAUAAUUGAGUUGACUUACAAAAAUGACAAUAUACAAUAUUUAUAUAUUCGAUCGUUUGGGAACCCUUUUACAUUACGCUGAGUGGCACAGGACAAAACAAUCAGGAAUGACAAGAGAGGAAGAAGCCAAACUUAUGUACGGCAUGUUAUUUUCAAUUAAAUCAUUUGUUAGUAAAAUAUCUCCGUUAGACCCUAAAGAAGGAUUUUUGUACUACAAAACUACCAAAUAUGCCCUGCACUAUCUAGAGACCCCGUCAGGACUAAAGUUUGUUUUGAACACAGAUCCUGGAGCUAUCGGAGUGAAAGAAUUGCUCCAACAGUUGUAUAGUCAAGUGUGGGUUGAAUAUGUUGUGAGGAAUCCUUUGUGCAAUCCAAGACAACCUGUGACAUCUGAACUGUUUAAAACAAAACUUGAUGCAUUUGUUAAACAAUCGCCCAUGUUCCAGAAGAAUUUAUAGUACUGAGGAAAUAUCACUUAAAAGUGUAAAAUAUAUUUAAAAUAUUUUAUUUAUAAAUGCAUUACAACUGUUGUCAACAGACGACAUAGAUACAUACAGUGGGUGAAUUAUAAAAUGUCUGUCA